GCCGUUGAUGCAGACAUACCGGUAGUGAGGUCGUUAAGGGGAACAGGAUUGGGAACAAGCUAAACAAUACAUUGAGAAAAGACAAUAUAACUGUAAACAUUAGUGGACUGUCAGGUACUCGGACGAGCGAACGUAGAAAGAAAAGUGUCAGUUGGCGUUUGUCCGUUAGCGAGGUUAAACCGCGGCACAACGAAGGAGAAGAGUUUUGAAGAAGAACAACAACGUUUCAUAAAACGAGGUUAAUUGCGGAGCUCCUCUUCAGUCAACGUGACAUAACGUGACAUUUGAGUCCUUCGGCUGGACGACGUUGGAGAGCGGAGAUGGACUUCGUUGCAGGAUGCGUCGGAGGAACUGUUGUGUCGGGUUUUGGACAACAAGCUGAAGUGAGAAACCCAAACUGGCUUCAGAAGGUGCAACGUGGGCACGCGCUGCAAAGAUUCCAGCUUAUGUAACGUUCCAAGGCGCCCUGAAGAAGGUUUCACAGGCCGAUGUGGCCCAGUGGGCGGGCUCGGGCUCGAUCAGGCAGCGCUGCGCAGCAGGUCUAAAGUUACACAACAGUGCCUGCAGCGAGUUUCAGUGGCCUUCAAAGACCGAUCAACUCGGCUGAAACAUUGUUUAACCCUCCUCUGACCUUUGGGGUCAAUUUGACCCCGUUCAAUGUUUGACGUCUCUAAAAAAAUGAUUAACAUUAUUUAUUUUGCUUCAUAUUUCAGGACUUUUCCUGAUUUAUUGGGGACAACUGGAAAAACCUAAACUUCACAUGAUGAUUUGUUUUUAAGGUCCUGUACACAACUUGUACGCCUCGGUGUUCUUUGGGGUCAAUUUGACCCCAGGCUGUUUUUCACUGUGUAAAACAUAUAAGAACUAGAACGGGCACUCGGUAGAGCGCAUACCUUCACAUAUCACAAGAUUGGGCAUUGAAUUAUGAACAUGUUGGCAUUAGUUGCAUGCCAAAUGGAUAAAAAUUGACCGUGCUAUGGUAAAAAGAAGAUUGUGACCUUUCCAUGCAUACAAGCAUACAAAUAAAUAAAUAAAUACACAGCGAUCAAAACAUCACCUUCCGCAUUUUCAAUGCGAAGGUAAAUAUCAACUUUUUUAUUUAUUUAAAGGGCUAUUUAGGUAGUCAACAAACAAACAUUAAGUACCUGACACUUAAACUUGGGAAACAAUAUUAAUUCUAAUCAUUUUCUGGAGGUUUUUAUUGCUGGGGUCAAAAAGGGUAAACGAUGUUCUUAAAUUUGAACAGGAGGGUUAAAAAGGCCCGAUGUCGUCCAGGGUCCUGAAAAGAAUCAGAAAAACUGGAAUGUGUAGAACAAUCAAGAUAAUGAAGACUCAGGAGAUGUUCUCACAGUUAUUUCCUUUGUUUCCAGGUGCUGCGGGAGUGUUGGUUGGACACCCAUUUGACACGGUUAAGGUGAGGCUGCAGGUCCAGAGCAUCGACAAGCCUCUGUAUCGCGGGACCUUUCACUGUUUCCAGUCCAUCAUACGGCAGGAGUCGCUAACCGGCCUGUACAAAGGCAUCGGCUCCCCCAUGAUGGGCCUCACGUUCAUCAACGCCAUCGUGUUCGGCGUCCAGGGCAACGCCAUGCGGCGGCUGGCGCACGACACCCCCGCCAACCAGUUCCUCGCCGGCGCCGCGGCCGGCGCCAUCCAGUGCGUCAUCUGCUGCCCCAUGGAGCUGGCCAAGACCCGCAUGCAGCUGCAGGGCACCGGGGAGAAGAAGCCCUCGAGGAAGCUGUACAAGAACUCCCUGGACUGCCUGGCGCGCAUCUACAAGCGGGAGGGCGUGCGCGGCGUGAACCGCGGCAUGGUCACCACGCUGCUCCGCGAGACGCCCGCCUUCGGCGUCUACUUCCUGGCCUACGACGCGCUGUCGCGCGGCAUCGGCUUCGAGCCCGACGACCGCUUCAUGAUCCCCAAGCUGCUGUUCGCCGGCGGCAUGGCGGGCAUCGCCUCCUGGCUGUCCACCUACCCCGUGGACGUGAUCAAGUCGCGGCUGCAGGCCGACGGCGUGGGCGGAGUCAACCGCUACGCCGGCAUCGCCGACUGCGUGCGGCAGAGCGUGCGGCGCGAGGGCUACAUGGUGUUCACGCGGGGCCUCACCUCCACGCUGCUGCGGGCGUUCCCCGUGAACGCGGCCACCUUCGCCACCGUCACCCUCAUCCUCAUGUACGCCCGGGGGGAGGGGCCGAAAGACUGCGAGGAGGCGCAGCCCUCCGGCCUGUGACCUCGGACAGACGGCGGACACGCCUCCACGCAUUCCCGAUCACCUGCCGGGAUGUGCGGUGUUUCACGACACCUGUACGUACCCUUUGCUUUUGGAUUAUUUUCUCUACACUGUAGAUUGGAAACGAUCUUAUUCGACAUGAAUGAAUGAAUGAUGUAAUCUAGAGCGAGCGCUCCGGCCGCAGCACCUGUUCGUACCUGCGCCGUGUCCUCCGACGCGGCUGCGAUCUAAUCCUCGUUAAAGCGAGCGUCGGUAACCGUCGACGACGGCGGUCCGCCGGUCUGUUUGAUCCAGCGGGUGGUUUUUUCCGUAAAGUUAUUUUUUGAAUUGUUUUUAAUGUCCUAUAAAAAGCAAUUUAAAAACUAACCGUCGCAUUCAGGACGGCCCUUAUUGACUUGACCACUGUAGUGGUGUUUUUUGGAGUUUCACGUACGUACAACAACAACAUUCACAUUGAUGCCCUUGCACUCCGAGUAUAGAAUAUGUAUUUAUAAUGUUUUGCGCACAGAGACACGCAUUCAAUGUCUCUGUCGCACAUUUGAAAGAUCCUGCUUCCUGAAACUUGACAGGGAGGCGGCUCGGUGGAUCGGGUGCUUUAAUGCGACUUACUGCUAUAUUUGUUUGAUAACGUACAGGUGUUGUUCACCAGUGGGGGUUGUCUGCUUUCUGCAUGUGUGUGUGUGUGUGUGUGGUCGGUAUCAGAUCUUUUUCUUUUCCUCUGUAUUUAAUGCCUGAAUGUCCCGGAGGCGCUGAACCUUCAGUCCGUUGAAUGUACCUCGAGCGUCUUCUCCCCCGCGCUGCUCCGAGAGGGAGGCUUCUCUCGCUCGAGUCCGUCUCGUGGGAUGUUCGGUACGUCCGCGUUGGAUCGGUAGCUCCGCCUCCAGAGCGGCGCCAGGCGUCUCUGACUCUACGGGGAACUUUUGGCGUUGCUGACGUGGAAGAAGCAAUAUGUAACUGUUAACGUGAGAUAGUGUUGAAGUGGGGGUGUACAUAUAUACAUAUACAGCAUAUAUUUUUCAGUCUAAAGUAGUUUGAUUGAUUCCCUGAAUGUCUUGAGUUUAAAAUGUCUCCAUGUGACCAGUUUGAUUAAAGAGAUUUUAACGGAAAAA